GUUCCUUAGCCGCCAGAUUUGAUCCAUGCGAAACCGGAUCAUGCUUGCCGGGUACCGGUAAUUUGCUAAUUGGUCGAGAAAAUCGAUUGACAGCUUCAUCAACUUGCGGACUUCGAGGACCGGUAUACGGAUACUUUGCUCAUGACUGUGAUAAAAUCUUUCCUGGAGUGCCUAAAGAAUCACAGACCAAUUUGAGUAUUCCCUACUGUAAUGAAAGGUAUUCGUCUGUCACACCAAUAUCUAAUGGUGAGCUCUGGCUCAUCAUCGAACAUAGCAGCGGUGCGGCGGAUGCUCGGCGUCGGCGUCGCCGCCGAUGCCGCACAUCCGCCACACGCUACAAGCUCGUGCCUUCGAUGCACCUUUCAGCCAACGUCAGCGCGACACUGGCGGAUGGUGUCAGCUUUCUUGCUGACACCACACGCUCGUGUCCGCCAUUAGACGUGUGCCUGCGAUUUCGGCGAACGAGUACCGUUACCUCUAACGGUAGCUCGUCCGCCCGAAUUCGCUGCACAUCCGCCGCCCGCCAUUUUGGCAAGCGCGUGCCCGCGGAUUUGGCUGACGAAGCAUCGACACUUUCUAUCGAUGCUUCGCUCACCAAAUUCGCGGAACCGCCGCCAUCUUUGUGUCGGCCAUCUUUUAUGUCGAUAUUCGACUGUCCAAUUCUCCCUCGACUUCGGCCACCAAUUCAUUAUGUUUUUUCCGCGAUCGAGACCACUGCUCUCUAA